AUGGAAGACGAUCAUGAUCAUAUGCAUAUACAUAUUUACAUGAUGUGUUGGUUAUUGUUAAUCACUUUGCCACACUCUCACUGUGAAACAGGUGCCACUUUUGAUUAUUCAGUUUGCAAGAAGCAUUCUUACAACUGUGGAAAUUUGUCCAACAUCUUCUAUCCUUUCUGGGGACACAAUCGAUCUUCUGAAUGUGGCAGUGGCGAUCCUUUCAAACUCACUUGCAAUCAUGAUCACAACACUACUUCAAUUCAAAUUGCCUCCGAAAACUUCACAGUGAAGGAGAUCAACAACACUGCUCACACCAUGAAACUGGUGCCGGCAGACACUGUUACGAAUCUAUGCUCUCCGCAAUCUGAGAAUGGAAAUGAGAGCCACACCGGUUUGUUCCAGGAUUCUCCUUCAGUGCAAAAGAUUACCAUAUUUUACUAUUGUCCCUGCAUCAGAACUUUCUCUUAUGGACACUUUAUGUGUGGAGAUGAUAUCACUUAUUAUGCACUGGAUUAUGAUAGGCUUUUCGUUGAUUAUCCACAACUUCUAAGUUGCAAGCGAAGUUUACACACGUGGAGUGAUGCUCAGUUGAAUUUUUCUGGUGGAAUUCUUGCUUUGGAGAAAGUUCUCAAUGAAGGGUUUGUGGUGAACUAUAAUGUUUCUCGAGUUUGCGAAAGAUGUUUGGGAAGUGAAGGGCGUUGCUGGAGAGAUGAUAUUGAAAAACAUGUAGUGAACUCUUGCUACUAUUGCCAAAAUGGUUCUCAUGGCCUACACUGUUCUCCCAGUCCUCUCAAAACCACCACAAGCAGUGCAGCAAUUGCAACUGUGUUGAUAUGUGUAGCAAUUUUCUGUCUAAGAUACAAGUCAUCAAUCAUGCAAGGACAUUUUGGGUUGACUUCAAAAAGUAACAGAAAUAUUGAAGCAUUCCUUAAAAAUCAUGGAGCUCAAACUCUAAAAAGAUACAAAUUUUCAGAAGUGAAGAAAAUGACCAACUCCUUCAAAGUAAAACUAGGUGAAGGUAGUUUUGGUGCAGUAUACAAAGGAGAGAUACUCAAUGGUUGCCCUGUGGCCAUAAAGAAACUGAGUGCAUCCAAAGGAAAUGGUGAAGACUUUAUCAACGAAGUUGCCAGUAUUAGUAGAACUUCUCAUGUUAAUGUUGUUCAGCUUCUUGGAUUCUGUUUGGAGGGAAGCAAUAAAGCUCUCAUUUAUGAAUAUAUGUCUAAUGGUUCUCUUGACAAGUUUAUUUACAAUAAGGGAGUCAAAGCCAUUCCAUCGUUGGGUUGGGAUAAUUUGUGCCAAAUUGCCAAAGGGAUAGCUCAAGGACUAGAAUACUUGCACAAGGGAUGCAACACUCGCAUUUUACAUUUUGACAUAAAACCACACAACAUACUUCUGGAUGAAAAUUUUUGUCCCAAGAUAUCAGAUUUUGGACUGGCAAAGCUUUGCCCCAUGAAAGAGAGCACUAUUUUCAUGUCAGAUCAAAGAGGAACAAUAGGGUAUAAAGCUCCAGAAGUGUGGAACAGACAUCUUGGUGGAGUUUCACACAAAUCAGAUGUUUACAGUUAUGGAAUGAUGCUGCUAGAAAUGGUGGGAGGGAGAAGAAACAUUAAUGCAGAAGCCAAUCACCGAAGUGAGAUAUACUUCCCACACUGGGCAUACAACAGGCUAAAGCAGGGUAGAGAAUUGAGAGCUGAUUGGGUGAUAACCACAGAAGAACAGGAAAUAGCAAGGAGAAUGACCAUAGUGGGAUUAUGGUGUGUUCAAACGAUUCCACAUGAUAGACCUACAAUGAGUAGAGUAAUAGAUAUGCUGGAAGCCAACAUGAAUUCCUUGGAAAUGCCUCCAAAACCUGAUCAUUCUUCCCCAAUCAGUUGA